CCAAUCAUGUCUGAGUCUCUCGUCUACCGCGGCUCCCUCUCCGGCCACAAGGGAUGGGUCACGGCUAUCGCCACCUCUGCUGAGAACCCGGACCUCCUCGUCACUGCCUCGCGUGACAAGACGCUCAUCGUCUGGUCUCUCUCCCGCAACGAGGAGCAGAUGGGCUACCCGAAGAGGAUCCUCAAGGGGCACUCUCACUUCGUCUCGGACGUCACCCUCUCGAGCGACGGCCAGUUCGCUCUCUCGUCCAGCUGGGACAAGGAGCUCCGUCUCUGGGACCUCAACACCGGCUCCACCACCCGCCGUUUUGUUGGCCACACCGGUGAUGUGCUGAGCUGCUCGUUCAGCGCUGACAACCGUCAGAUCACCUCGUCCGGCCGUGACCGUCAGAUCAAGCUCUGGAACACCCUCGGCGAGUGCAAGUACACCAUCGGCCAGGAAGACAACCACAGCGAGUGGAUCUCGUGCGUUCGCUUCAGCCCCAACCCUGCCAACCCCCAGGUUGUCUCUUGCUCGUGGGACAAGACCGUCAAGGUCUGGAAUCUCUCGACCUUCAAGCUCCAGACUACCCACAUGGGCCACACCGGCUACCUCUCGACCCUCGCCAUCUCGCCCGACGGAUCCCUCGCCGGUUCCGGUGGCCGUGACGGUGUCAUCAUGCUCUGGGAGCUCAGCGACGGCAAGCACCUGUACAGCCUCGAGGCCGGAGACUCGAUCAACGCCCUCACCUUCUCGCCUAACCGCUACUGGCUGUGCGCUGCCACUGCGUCGAGCAUCAAGAUCUUCGACCUCGAGAGCAAGAGCAUCGUCGACGAGAUCCGCCCGCAGUUCAGCGGUGUCGGCAAGGACUCGCCCGACCCGGAGUGCCUCAGCAUGUCCUGGAGCCACGACGGCUCUACCCUCUUUGCUGGUUACGCCGACUCGCUCGUCCGCGUCUUCACCGUCGCAUAAGCGUGGGCGCAAGGCCUGCUGCUGCUCCUCCUCCUCUUUUUCCCCCUCUCUCCCAUCUCGUUACUCGGUCCUCCUCAUGUAGAACACGGAAGGUGGUGGUUUGCCGG